AUGAUUGUAACCCAAACUAACCUCUACGCAUCACAAUGCAAUGACCAAAAUUGUGAACAGGUGUCAGCAACAGAGAUCAAAGCUUUACUGGGCAUGAUAAUUCAAAUGGGCAUUCACAAAUUACCCUGUAUAGAAGAUUAUUGGUCCAGUGUCCCAUUACUGCAUUUUGUUGAAAUUGCUGAGACAAUGACAUUGAAGCGAUUUCAAAAACUUAUGAAAUAUUUACAUCUCAAUGACAAUGCCAAUAUGCCUAACAGGAACGAUGAUAACUACGACAAACUGUAUAAAAUAAGGCCGCUGCUAGAUUACAUCAACGUAAAAUAUCAGACAAAUGCCAAAAACACACAUUCUCAGUCAAUCGAUGAGUGUAUGAUAAAGUUCAAGGGGCGAUCUACUCUAAAGCAAUACAUGCCCACGAAGCCCAUAAAACGUGGCUUCAAGGUUUGGGCUAGAGCUGUCAGCCACUCAGGAUACUUGUAUCAGUUUCAAGUGUAUGCUGGAAAGACCGAAAACGUUGAAACAGGAUUAGGCAGUAAUGUUGUCAUGACAUUAUGCCAGUCACUCAUAAAUGAAACCUAUAUGGGUCAUGUAGCAUUUGAUAACUUUUUUUAUAGUCCAGCUUUACUACAAACGUUAUACAAUAAUGGUAUAUAUGCAACUGCUACAGUCAGAAAUGACCUCCAAGAUAUGCCACUAAUUGUAAAAAGCCUAAAGCGAAUGGUAAUAAAGAAAUUGAUGAAAAGAUAG